AUGUCGUACGUGGUUCUAAGAGAGAUGCUUCACAUUGAAGGCGUUCUGGUGGCUAGACAGCAGCCCACAGCGAGCAUACAGUGGAUGAACACUCUACACACAAUCUCACAGCCGACUGAUAAGCCGACUUCGAUAGCUGCUGAACAUUUUGGUAGCUACGCACUUAUUCACGCCCAUAUACACCUGCUAGCCGGGCUAUAUAAGGCUCAUCAGGGCAAGGUGAGCGAAUGUGGCUAUUGGUACUCUUCCGUUGCAAGACGCCACGAUCAGCUAAGUCUUCACAACAACUCAACCACCCCUAAACUACAAGGCUCCUUCACUCUAGAACAUGAUUUAAUCUUGACAGCUUCUCGGAUUUGCCUCUUUCUUAAAGCGUCCCCCAAGCGGGAUAAAUACAGCGUCUUCAAGAAUCGCCGCCACUUGCGACACAGGGACGGAGGCAGCGGACGUUGGAGUAACGACGAAGGUGCUUUCCUCGCGGCUCAAAUUGAACUCUGGCGCAUGUUUCAGCGGAUCCUUCGUCUGAAGGAUGGAGACGGCUCUCUUAAUCAAAAUCCUGCGCCCAUUAUAGAGUUUGAAUAA